UUUGGCCGGGCGUACCACCCAGAGCUAAAGGACAUCCGCUCCCACAUAGCCCUGGCUACCCAUAAGCUGCAGCAAUCUAGACUGGACCAGACUCAGAUGGCUCACAAGGUGAAGGCAUGGUCUGAGUCCCCCCGCCCACCUGCGCUUAUGCAGUUCCGGCCAUAUGUGCCAGAUUCAGAACCAUCAGAGUGCAGUGCUGCACCAGCUCUUUCCUUGGAAGCUGAAAGUGACUUGGAACCCAGUGAUGGAAGGUAUAAGGGCAGCGGCGGCGGUGAUGACGAACCGCUAGUGGAUCCCGUGCCAGCCUCUUCACGCCUCCUGGUAAUACACCAGGAGGUAUGGCAAAGAGAGCUUCUAGUAAAGUAUGGCGAGCUCGUUCUUAUGGACGCUACAUACCGCACAACGUGCUAUGACCUGGCCUUGUUUUUCCUGGUUGUGCACACUAAUACAGGCCACAUCGUUGUGGCAGUUGUCUUUUUGGGCUUGGCACCCUCAAAGAACAUGAGUCUUCUUUCACCUUUUUUAAGUCUUGCAAAGGAAUAG